UUAUUUCACUUUUCAAGAACUCUUAGGUACUUACCUAGUAUCUACCUACCCAAUCUAAAAGUAAAACUCAGAUCUACAUAAUUAUAUUGAUGCUAAAUAUCAAAAAAGUCAUGUCUAUUAUACCAGCUGCUGAGAUCCCAACUGUAUCACUUCUUUAUCACUUGAAGAAGUUGACUCCCUACAAAGCAGAUACUACAGACGAAAUCACUGCGACUCCAAAUCAAUCUUUCAAUGAUCGCAUCGGCUUGAUUCGCGGUGACAUUACCCACCUCGAAGUCGACGCAAUUGUUAAUGCCGCCAACAAUUCUUUACUUGGUGGAGGAGGUGUUGACGGAGCUAUUCAUUGUGCUGCUGGACCAGACUUGUUGAGGGAAUGUCGAACUUUGAAUGGUUGUAGGACUGGAUCCGCUAAGAUUACUGAUGCUUAUGAACUUCCUUGUAAGAAAGUCAUCCAUGCCGUCGGACCGGUCUACGACAGUUACAAGUCGGAUGUUUCUGAGGAGAGACUCGAAGGAUGCUACAAGACAAGUCUAGAUCUAGCCGUUGAGAAUGGCUGCAAGACUAUCGCUUUCAGCGCCUUAAGUACGGGAGUUUAUGGUUAUCCUAGUGAUGAAGCUGCUCCUGUCGCUCUUAUGACUGUUAGGAAAUUUCUCGAAAGCGAGAAGGGCUCGAAGAUGGAAAAGAUUAUAUUUUGCACCUUCGUCGCUAGGGAUGUUGCCGCUUACAACAAGUGGAUUCCGUGAGUAGAUCCUCCUAGUCCUAGUGCAAUAAGUUUAAUUAACAAUAAUUCACAGACGUAUCUUCCCCUCAACAGAACCUGAUGCCGAAGAGGAAUGGGAGGAAGUCGAUGAGGUUGAAUCUGCUGAGAAUGGAGCUGUGUUGGAGAAGGGUACUGAUAAUGUCAAGGAUGAUGCAGAGGCGAGUAAGGUUGAGCUUCCGGAAGUUCCAACCAAAGAACCGAUUGAGGAUGAAGGACAUGCCGCAAAGAAGCAGAAGUCUGAGGAUGAUGAGAAAUUGUGAUUAUUUAUGAGAAAUCAUGAUUGAUGACAUUUCCUGGAUUAAUGGUUUUCAAUACUACGUAGUUGCUUGGAAAAUACAGCUUAUGAUUCCAAAAUUAUGACGAUAAACCAUGUGAAGUUAUUCCCAAAAG